CUACAGAAGCUCCCUGGUGUAUCUUAUGAUAUUACUCCUGGCAUACCAUCAUCUUCCCAUCCUACCUUCGCAUAAUAAAAUGAGCGACAGCUAGUGAUCCUGAAAAUUGCGUUUCGAAGGGUAAUAAACGACGUGUAACCAGCAUUCACACUCCAGACUCCAGAGAUUGAAUGAGAGAGGAGGGAAUUCCAAAUAGUAAACUCAAUCCGGUUUCCGAACGAAGGAAGUUCAAGAGAUAGACCUCAAUUCAAGGAAUCUGCAGAAAGUACAAGAUUUAAUAGCUCACGAAACUCAGCCACGGAAGUGUUUGUUUCAACUUAAAGAAUUUCGAUUAUCUUUGACUUCAAACAAAAUGGAGAUCGACUUUUCCUAGCAUAAGGACUCGCGUUUCCAUCAUUAACUUUUUCGCUGAAGAACGUCUGCGAAAAAAGGAACUUGAAACUCCGCAUCAUUCUAUUUUCACCCCGAAAAUUUUUCGUGAUUAUUACAUUAGCGACGCAAGCCUGUCUUAUGAUCUGUUCUGUGCGUCCCAGCCUAGUUAUGUUUUCGAUCGAGUACAGCAAGCAAUUCCUAAGCUACCGCAUACUCAAGUCCAACCGGUUCAAAUAUAUCUGACGAUACGGACUCGGACUAAGUGCUAAAUAAAAUAAGUGCGCAAGUGUGCGUGUGUUUUUGUGGUGGGCGCGGAGCUCUUCGACAAGACCUGGAAAGUCUUGCCACUUAAUGAAAAUCAGGUGUGCCUCUCUCAAAAGUGACCCGGGAUUGUCUCGUGGAUUUUUAGAGUCCGAGAGCACAUAGGGAACUUGAAGUUGUAGGCCAGGUCCUCGAAAGUCGUUAGUUAGGCGAAGUUUUCGAGGAAAGGCUGUUGUCGAGACGCGAAUGAGCAAUUUUCAAAAUCAGAUGCUCUAAUGCGGGGAAAAUCUUUGAGAACGUCAGGAGAGCUAAGGCACGCUUCUAAGUUUUACUGUCGUUUUGAACGGGAGUAUCUAUAAUAAUUAAAGGGGCUUAUUAAAUAUCAAAACAAAAAAUAACAACAAACGUAAUAUAUGUAUAUAUUUUUUUUUUUCAUUCACAAGGAAUUAAUACUUUAAAUUAGAGAUCUGCACGUCUUGGCUGAUACAGUUAAGUUUGAAAGCGUAAUUUCUAAUUGAAACCAUGAUUGUUUACGUUCCUGGCAGAAUGCCAAGCCACGUUGGUCCGUACGGCGCCGCUCGCUACCCGGGCACCCUACUAGGUACAGUUCCGGGUUACUACAACCCGGUUUCCUGUUACUCAACCAGACAAAACUCCAACUACUACGGGAACUUGAGUCUUCACCAGCCACCGCUGGACCUUCCGGUUUGGCCGCGAAGGAUGCCGGCAGAAGAGGAACUAGGGUCCUUGCCUUCCAUGGGAUUGGCAAGCUUGGGAGUCUCACCUGGUACCCUUGGUAACAGGGGCCCCCCCAGUCCUGCGCAUAGUGACUCUGAUGCCUCCAGCUCCAGCUUAGAACUUGGCUCUGUGAGGAGGGGAGAAAAUACCCAACUUAAAUGCAGAUGGCAAACUUGUGGACGAUGGUUUACAUCUUUAGAGCAACUAGCAGGGCAUGUCGCACGAUUACAUGCAGCGCCAGGUCCUCGAGGACUCUUUUACUGUGGCUGGGAAGGAUGUGCGAGAGGAGAGCGUGGAUUUAAUGCAAGGUACAAGAUGCUGGUACACGUCCGAACUCAUACGAACGAGAAGCCUCAUCACUGUUUCCAAUGCGACAAGAGUUUCAGUAGAGCAGAGAAUCUGAAGAUCCACGCCAGGUCGCAUACUGGAGAACGUCCCUAUGUCUGCCCAGUGGAAGGUUGCAACAAGGCCUACUCGAAUUCCUCUGACCGAUUCAAACACACGAGAACACAUGCAGUGGAUAAACCUUACUGUUGCAAAGUACCAGGCUGUCCGAAAAGGUACACCGAUCCAUCCUCUUUACGAAAACACGUCAAAACUUACCGCCAUUAUGUAAACAACAACGACAAGCUGCAAGAGAAGAGUUUCGACGAGAGUAGUAGUAGUAACACCGACAAAACCAGAUUGGAUACAACGCCAGAGAAACAAAGUAGCACUCAAUCGGAGUCUGACAAGAAAGAUUCCAGCGUCGACAGUAACACGCCAGGUUCUAGUCCAAAAGUCAGCAAUAGUUUCGAGGAGCAGAGGAAGUUUGUCGAGUGGAACAACAUCUACAAUACCCAGAAGCAUAAAGAUCAGGAAUUAAUGACACCACCAAAGAACUACGAGCCAGAAGUCAAAAUCUACCCAAUGACCUACGAAGAAAGUUACAUCUUACCUGAAAGAAUACAAGCCAAUCCCUUGUAUAGCCAAGUGGGCACGCCGAUGAUAAAAGAUCGCUCAAGCACUUCUUCACCACACGCUAGUCCGAUACAUGUUCCUGAUAUAGUUCCGAGGAUAGGGAUGCAAUCAACACCCAUCAAGACUGAAGAGUCCAUGGAUAGCCUAGGUAGAACUGUGUCUGUAGAUUACAGAAACAUUGAGUCAAUUGUCAACAGCACACCCUGCAAAAGAGAAAGCACGAUCGUCAGCUCUGAUCCCGUGAGAAAUUCUGUGAUAAAGCGAGCCGAGAAUUUGAAAAUGGAAGUGAUAGAUGAACCACCAACGAGAGAGGAACCGAAAACAGAGAUAUCUGAAUGCUUCUGUCAUCACAAAUGCUGUAUCCACAGCAACGAUAACAUCGUAGAAAAGACGAAAAUUCUCUCCGAUUUUAUCCUGAAGACGCAGAAUCCUUUGUUUAGACAUCUCCUGGGCUCCGUCGACUUGCAAUAUGGUUUGCAAAAUAUGUGGAGUAACAUGGCUGAUAACAGCAAUACCUGCGGUCAAGAUCUCAGAGUUAAGAGUAGCGAUAUCGUCACCGAAAUGGAGCAGGACUUUCCGCUAGACCUGACGAUUAACAAGUAAUUAGUCAAGCUUAUGGAGACUACCAAAAUAUCAAUUUCAUGUAUCAUACGCGUUAUAUCCGAGGUCUAGCUGGUCUAUGUCUUCGCAGAUUGGUUUCUGGAUAAGGUCUGUCCAGUGAUUGGUAUACGAUUCGAAACACUAAUCGGGAAUCUCGAAGGCGAAAAUAAAUUAGAGAUUAUCAGCAACAAGCGAAGGCAAACUCGGCUCGAUGCUAAUGGGGUCAGAGGAGCAUCUCUUGUUCUGGUCGGACUGUCAAGCCAAAUAUAUUAUUUUAGUAUGUACUAUCGAGUCGAAGGGAACCGUUUCAAAUCAAAUAUGUCUUGCUCAGUACUUGAGUGCUCUGACUAAAUCAUUAAACUGCUGUGUGCAUCAAAAGAAUGCAUCUGAGUUAUUUCAAAAUUUCGAUAUUCACGUCAAAACUAUUUUUAAGAAAUUUGAAAUGGCGUUCGACCAUUUUUGCCAUCUGGUAUCAAAAAUCAGAACUAGAAAGAAUAUGUAAAAUUUUGAAGAUGCAUUUUAAUUAUUGCCUUCAAUCGAAUAAAUAAAUGCUGCAUAUGGAAUUUCUAUCUUAUACAUUCAGUGCAAAAACACAUUUUUGUCAAAUAUAUUUCUCUCUCAAAAAAACAAAAAAAAAAACAAAUAAAUUUCAAUUCAUGUAUAUAGAAAGAAAUUUGAUCCAGGUUAUGCAAAUUAUAUAAAUUAUAUAGGAUUGGAAUUGAAAUGAGAAUACUAACCUAACUUUUAGGUUUAUUUUUAGACAGUAAAUAUUUCAUGUAUAAAUUAUUUUAAAAUUUACUUUGAGUUCAUGUUUGCUUCAAAGUAAGUUCAUUUUAGCUAAUAAUGUAUGUGAUGAAAUGUACAAUAAAGAGUGCAAUAAUUUUUUUAAAUCAUUUUUGUCAAGAAAUGUGUUUUUUCACUGUAUAAUAGGAUGGAUAUUACGUCUGAAACACUUAGUUUUCGAAAAGAUAUAUUAUUAAUCUUUAAUAAUUACUUCAAACUCAAAAAGCAGUCGUAAAAACACUUUUAUAAGCUACAAUCAAAAUGCAACUUUAAAAUUCUACGUACUUUCUCAAAUUCUGACAUUUGGCACCAGAUGGCGUAUCGCAGUUUAGCCGUUCCCAACAGAAAAUUCAAACAUUUCUUAUUCUAUAAGAGUGGGUGAAGAUACAGCUGCUUUCUCUCCCAUUCUCAUGGCUUAAUUUAAUUUAAAAUUGAAAAGUUCUAUGUGCCGUCCAAAAAUUAAAUCGAAACCUACUUUUGUUUUCAAACACAGUAUGCCACAAAAAUGUUACUUCGUAUUUUUAUGUUUACAGACUUAUAUUGAAAGUUAAACUUAUUUUCCAUAAAUUGUUAAACUUCGAAACUACGUCGGCUAAAUCUUAUUGUUUAUUAAAAUUUAAUUAUAAAAUCUCAUGUAAUAGUUAUUCAAAAGUACAAUUUUAUCUUCUGAAAGUAUUUUUGACAAAAUAAAAAUACUUUUAACUUUCCAUUCGAAUUUUGGACAUAAAAUUGUGCUUUUAGUAACAUACAUAUGUAUUGAACACUUAUGGUUAUUAUAACACGGCUUAUUACGUGUUCCUAUUAUAAAUGUUACGUUUGUGUAAAUUUUCGUAUUUAUAGACUAUCUCUAUCACUUACCUAUUUUUGCUAUUUCCUCUAGUUUUGUUGUACUUAUAAAUCUAACUAAACAAAUUUUUCCGGAUGAUCCCCUGGAACUAUUAAAACAAAUCAUUAUUUUUCUUUUAACUCAGAUGGGUUCUUUUUAAUUAUUAUUAGCUCUCCGAGCCUCCACCAAAAAGUUUACUUUUAAACAAAAAACAAGAGACUCUGAAUAUCAAUCAAUGUAAACUGUGAAGCGAUCUUCAGGCCACUCAUAAAAAAUUAAAGACGAAAUAAUAAAUUAUUAUUAUUAUUAUUAUUAUUAUUAUUAUUGUAAGACAAAUCUGUACCUAAAUAUAUUAGUCUGAAUCGCGUUGCAGUUUCAUGCGAGUAAGCCUCUGAGAAUACAGAAGAAAACAAACUCGGCUCAACGGCAACCGGAAGAUUGUAUCCAUCACGAAAGAUGUUUAUAUUUACUAUAACAUUAUGCGUGCAUGCAAUCGCAGUUUAGAUACAUAAACAUAUUCACAAAUCUCGAAAGAAAGCAGAGUGUCUUGCUUCGAAACGUUACGUGUGAGCGAGUGUAUAUAUAUGUGUGUAUGCAUAGAUAUAUCUGUAUAUGUGGAAUGAUGUUGGAAAAAUAGGAAGACAAGUGCCUUAUUCUCAAAGAAAUAUGUUGUCAUACUAUCGAAUAAAAACCAUUAUU